AUUAUUCCAAAAAUAUCCUCCAAAUUCUUCUCCCCUUAUUUGCUAUUGUCUAUCUGUUUUCUGAAAGAUGACUCGUAACAUCAUUCAUCAUCUAAAAAUCUCAUCUCAUAAUAAUCAGAUCUAACAAAACAAACAAAAAAAAAAUGCUUCUAACUACGUCGUCGUUUCACUCCUAUCCUCCUUCUUCAUCGUCAUCCAUAGAUCUGCUGAUGUUGUAAUUCCAAAUACAUAUUCUUUUUCUUCAUAAUUGAUAAUUUUUCCUCAAUGGAUUUGGAUGAAUUUCGAUUGAUUUUAUCGGAAUCAAAAGUAUCUAUAUGGACGAUGAUUGACGCUGCGAUUUCCGUUGCUGCCGUUGACUUUAACGAUGAAUUGAAACAUCGCCGUGACGGAAUCGUUGAGAAGUUGUAUUCCACGCGGCGCCACCAGAGCGUCGACGACGACGUCGUUAAUGGUCAGCAGCAUAAUAACGGGGAGAGAGAUAUGGUGAUGAAUAAUAAUAAUAAUAAUAAUAGUAAGAGUCCUUUAUUAACACCAGAGUCAAAUCAUAGUAAUGAUGAUAAUAAGAAUAUUGAUGUUGAAGUAGAAGAAGAGGAAGAAGAUGUAGAUCCAUAUGGUGGAUUGUUUGAUGAUGAACAAACUCAAAUUCUUACUAUCAAAGAACAACUUGAAGAUCCACAACUAUCGGAUGAGGAUGUGGUUGACUUGCUUCAAAAUCUAGCUGAUAUGGAUAUUACAUUCCAAGCUCUCAAGGAAACUGAUAUCGGAAGGCAUGUGAAUCGACUGAGGAAGCAUCCAUCUAAUGAAGUUAGGAGAUUGGUGAAGAUGCUUGUGAGAAAAUGGAAAGAAACUGUUGAUGAUUGGGUUAAGUUAAACCAGCCUGAGCAACAUGGGUCUUCAAAUCUUAUUGCUGCUGAUGGAGAUUCGCCCCAACAGAGUGUACCGAAGAAUCAACAGAAUGGUCAUUCUCAGGUUCCUGACUUCGCAUACUCACCGAAUCCUCGAAAUGGGAGUUCGAGCUCGGACAGGAAUAAUUCAGAAUCGGAGUACAAGCCUAAACCAGUUCCCCAGCGGAACGUAACCCCUGCUAGACCACUGCAGUCUGCACCUAAACCUAUUUCUGCUCCUGCUCCAAGUAGACCUCCUCCAAAGGAAUCAGCCAUAGAUCUUGAAAGGUUGAAUUCAGCAAGAAGGCGGCUUCAGGAGAAUUACCAAGAAGCACAAAAUGCUAAAAAGCAAAGGACAAUACAGGUGAUGGAUAUUCAUGAGAUUCCAAAACCAAAGAACGGCUUCUUUGCCAAGAAUAAAGGCGGCUUUCAAGGCAGGCAUCAUCGUUGAUUUUGUCACAAGCCUGUUUGUGUGUGUACAAUAGUACUUGCUCUAUUAUUUGCACGCAUCUGAUCUGGUCUUAAAACACUCUGCAGCUUUGUGAUAACGGGAUUUUACCCAACUGGUUCAUCCCUGUUACUACGUUUUCUGUCCAAUCAAAAACCAUAAGCUUUUCUAUUUA